AUGACCAAACACAUCCUCAUAACGGGCGCCUCAGGCUUCGUCGGCCAAGAGCUCGCCGCCGCACUCCUCCAAACCUCGCCGGAAGUGCACCUUACCCUCACUGAUGUCGCCGCGCCCAAAACCCCCGCCGGCGCCGAUGCUUCACGCAUCACCUCAACGCAGACGGAUCUGACGGACCCGGCCGCUGCGCACGCCCUGCUAGACACGCAGAAAUGGAGCGCCGUCUACACGCUCCACGGCAUCAUGUCGUCGGGCAGCGAGGCCAACUUCUCGCUCGGCUACCGCGUCAACCUCGACGCGCACCGGCAGCUCUACGACCACCUGAUCUCGACCCAGCCGGGCGUCACCGUCGUCUUCACCUCCAGCACCGCCGUCUACGGCCCGCCCGCGACCGCCGGGCCCGACAAGAUCUUCUCGGAGCGCACGCUCCCGCUGCCGCAGAGCAGCUACGGCACGCAAAAGUUCAUCAUCGAGUGCCUGCUCAACGACUACUCACGCCGCGGCCUGCUGGACGCCCGCAUCGUCCGGCUCCCCACCGUCAUGGUGCGCCCCGGCGCCCCUACCGCCGCUGCGUCCAGCUUUGCCUCGGGUAUCGUACGCGAGCCGCUGAACGGCGAGAAGAGCGUGCUGCCCGUCGACAAGGCCUUGCACAUGUGGGUCUGCUCGCCGCGCACCGUCGUGCGCAACCUCAUCGCCAUCAAGGACGUGCCCAAGGAUAAGUUUGGCGGGCUCACUCGCACCGUUAACCUGCCUGGCGUAACGGUCAAGAUAGUCGACGUGCUGGAUGCGCUCGAGACCGUGGGCGGUAAGGGGGCGAGGGCGCUGGUCGAGGAGAAGGUUGACCCGGUCAUCGAGAAGAUCGUGCUGAGCUGGCCUGAGCGCUUCGAUAUCUCGCGGGCGUUGGGGCUGGGACUUGCUGAGGAUGGCAGCUUGAUCGAUACGGUCAAGGCCUAUGCGGACAGUUUGAAGAAGUGA